UUAUUUAUUUAUUUUUCCUUUCAUCACUGCUAUCAAAGCGAUAAGAAAAUCCCACAGCGGGGCAUUUCUCCCCCACUCCUCUCGCACACCAGUAACUCCAGAGCUCUGCAACGCCAACUCGUAUCUGGGCUCCAUCAGUCUCCGUCCAUCGACCAAAGAGGAUGAAAGCCUCUUUAAGAGGACGAUUUGAGCCGGAGCGAAGCUCAGCCAUUGCCACCAUCUCCCUCCCCGCCGGCGAUGCCCGCAUCAAAGCCUCCAUCACCGAAGCCACUUUCUCCAAAGGACCUUCCCUCAACGGCCUCUCUCUAUCCUUCGAGAAGCCCGGCUCUUUCAUCAUCGACUACAGCGUUCCUAACCAGGACUUCAGGUUUCAGUUCAUGAACACGGUGCGGUUGGCAGAGAAACCUCUGAGCCUGACCUACACGCAUGUUCUCGGGGCUCAUCAGACGGCAGUUGACGGUUCGCUGCAGUUCGAUCCGGCGAAUAAGCUGUCGGCGAACUACAACUUUGGUUCGGGAAACUGUAAGUUGAAGUACGCUUACGCGCAUGGGGAGUUUGGGAGGGUUCUGGUGGAGCCGAUCUAUGAUGUGUCGAAGAAUGCUUGGGAUUUUGCAGUUUCGAGGAAGUUCGAUGGAGGUGAUUCUCUGAAGGCGAGCUAUCAGACCUCGAGCAAGGUGCUUGGGUUGGAGUGGAAUAGGGAUUCGAAGAUCAAUGGGUGUUUUAAG